UAUAGCAGUGGUUGGUGAGCUGUGAAUAAUCACCUCUCUCUCUCCCCUCUUUGAUCCCUUCCACUAUCUCCCCUCUCCCUUAAAAACCAAACUCCACAUUCAUGUUCCCAUAAACUAUAAACCCAAGAGAUCGAGCUCCGGGACUCCCUCAUCCCUACCAACUAUGACUAAGCAGUCGUGGCGGUCCCUCCUGACGGGCUGCUUCGGAAAGCGGGUCGCCAACCGCGGCCCGAAGGUCCGGUCCAGGAGGGGGCAGGUCGUCGCGAAGCAGAAGUCGCUGCAGAGCCGGCUGUCGUUCUCCGAAGUGAGCAACUCGACGGGCCUGCUGUCGCCCGAGGACCUCUCGAUAUCGCUCGUUGGGUCGAACCUCUACGUGUUCACCCUCGCGGAGCUCAAGGCCGCCACGCAGGGGUUCUCCAUGAGCAACUUCCUCGGCGAGGGCGGGUUCGGCCCCGUCUACAAGGGCUUCGUCGAUGAGAAGUUGAAGCCCGGGUUGAAGGCCCAGUCGGUUGCCGUCAAGCUGUUGGACCUCGACGGCGCGCAAGGCCACAAGGAAUGGCUGGCCGAGGUAAUAUUUCUUGGGCAAUUGAGACACCCUCAUCUCGUGAAAUUGAUUGGAUAUUGCUACGAAGACGAGCACCGGCUUUUGGUCUAUGAGUUCCUGGCGCGGGGAAGCUUAGAGAACCAUCUUUUCAAAAGGUUCUUUGCUUCGUUGCCAUGGUCAACACGCUUAAAAAUUGCGGUGGGAGCCGCCAAAGGCUUGGCCUUUCUCCACGAAUCCGAAAAGCCGGUUAUCUACCGGGACUUCAAAGCCUCCAACAUCUUAUUAGACUCGGACUACAAGGCGAAGCUCUCGGACUUUGGGCUCGCAAAGGACGGCCCCGAGGGAGACGACACCCACGUCUCAACACGUGUCAUGGGCACGCAGGGCUACGCCGCGCCAGAGUACAUCUUGACUGGUCAUCUGACGGCAAAAAGCGACGUGUAUAGCUUCGGAGUAGUGCUGCUGGAGCUGCUUACGGGCCGGCGGUCGGUGGACAAGAGCCGGCCGACCCGAGAGCAGAAUUUGGUGGAGUGGGCGCGGCCGUGCCUCAACGACGCGCGCCGCCUGGCGCGCGUCUUGGACCCCGGCCUUGACGGGCAGUACUCGGCCCGGGGAGCCCAGCGCGCCGCCGCCAUCGCCUACCAAUGCCUCAGCCAGAACCCCAAGUCCCGCCCCCACAUGUCCGCCGUCGUCGACGCCCUCGAGCCGCUCCUCGACCUCGACGACGUCCCCCUUGGCCCCUUCAUCUACACCGUCGGCCCCGAUAACACCAACGGCGACGUCGACGCUGCCGCGGCGAAAGCCGAGGACAAAGAGAGUAAUGCGUCGCAACAACAAAGACAACGGCACAAGCUGAAGGCGCCCCGGGAGCUGGGGAAUGGGGUGUAUAAAAACUCGCCCAAACACCGCCACAGAGAGAAUGGGACGUGACUACGUGUGUUUUAUUCACGAGUACAUACAUAUCUUUAUAUAUGUAUUUACAUAUAUAUGCAUCAAGUGUGAUCACUGUGUGUAGGUAGAUUAGAGAUGUAUUACUCUUAUACGGUGUACGUAUCCUUGCAUCCAUGAUUCUUUGUAUGGGAAUCUUAAAGUGGGAUGUACAUGGUAGAGUUCCUUGUGGGCUAUGAUACAAUGUGUACGUAAUUGAUCGAUCCGAGUAAUUAAACAACGUAAACGCUUUAACUGCUAAGGAAA